GCCGCGGCUCCUCCCGGCCCGCGCUCCGUACGGCGUCGCAGCCGGCUCCUCCCGUUCCCGCCCGCUGCCCCGCUCUCGCUGCCGGCCGGCUCUACUCGCGCGCGGCCCCGCCGCCAUGAGGUGCCACUACGAGGUGCUGGGCGUGCGGCGCGACGCGGCCGAGGAGGAGCUGAAGCGGGCCUACCGGCGGCUGGCGCUGCGCUGGCACCCGGAUAAAAACCUCGAGAACGCCGAGGAAGCCGCAGAACAGUUCAAGUUAAUCCAGGCGGCGUACGAUGUGCUCAGUGACCCUCAGGAGAGAGCCUGGUAUGAUAACCACAGGGAAGCUCUAUUGCGGGGAGUGAACGGAGACUAUCAAGAUGAUAGUUUGGAUCUGCUGCGCUAUUUCACCGUUAGCUGUUACUCUGGAUAUGGAGAUGAUGAAAAGGGAUUCUUUACAGUCUACCGACAUGUUUUUGAGCAAAUUGCAAAAGAAGAGAUGGAAUAUAUGACUCAUGAAGAUACUGAAGAAUUCCCUACAUUUGGGUAUUCCCACAGUGAUUAUGACACGAUAGUUCACCCUUUCUAUGCCUAUUGGCAGAGUUUCUGUACUCAGAAAAACUUUGCUUGGAAAGAAGAAUAUGACACACGUCAAGCAUCGAACCGCUGGGAGAAACGAGCUAUGGAAAAAGAGAACAAGAAAACCAGAGAUAAAGCAAAAAAAGAGAGGAAUGAACUUAUCCGUCAGCUAGUAGCAUUUAUUCGUAAAAGAGACAGAAGAGUACAAGCUCACAGAAAACUUGUAGAAGAACAGAAUGCAGAAAAACUUAGGAAAGCAGAGGAAAUUCGGAGGCAGCAAAAACUCAAACAAGCCAAACUUGCUGAACAGUAUAAAGAGCAGAGCUGGAUAACUAUGUCAGAUCUGGAGAAAGAAUUGAAAGAGAUGGAGGCACAAUAUGAAAAGGAAUUUGGAGAUGGAUCAGAUGCUGAAGUUGAAUUGGAAGGACAGGAGACAAAAGAAGGUAUUGAAGACAAAUUGAAUGAUGUGGCUGAAGAAGCUGAAUAUGCUGAUGAUCUCUACUGCCCUGCUUGUGACAAAUUGUUAAAAACUGAGAAAGCCAUGAAGAAUCAUGAAAAAUCAAAGAAGCAUCGGGAGAUGGUAGCACUGUUACGACAGCAACUGGAAGAAGAGGAAGAGAAAUUUCCUGCAUCUUCAGAUGAUGUGAAUGGAAUACAUACCAAAGAGGAGGAAGAAAUGGGAGAGGUGCCCAAACAGAAACUCUCCAAGAAGCAGAAGAAGAAACAGAAAACUAUGAUGACUUACGAGGAUUCUUUUGAUAAAAGUGCUGAUGAGGAAAUAAUUGAGAAAAAGGAGUUGCCCUGUCUGGACAAGGACGGUGACCCAACAGAGCAGUCUGUAAAUGAUGACCAAAGAUGUGCUGUGUCAGAGGAAGCAAGUGCUACAGAACAUAGUAGCCAAGUGAAUGAAGCACAAAGUGAAGUGAAAAGCAGCACUAAGCCUAAAGGUAAAAAAGCCAAGGAUGCAAAAAAGUCUGCUAAGGGAUCUUCAGAACACCAAACAAUGAAUGAAGUUCCCAUUCACUGUGUAACCUGCAACUGUACAUUUCCAUCCCGAAAUAAACUGUUUGAACAUCUAAAAGCUACAGGACAUGCAAAAGCAACGCAGGCAUUGUCUGUAAAUGGAGCUGUUCACACCAGAAGCAAAAAAGAGAAACGUAAAAACAGAUAGAACUUUGUUACACUGACAGUCUUU